GCGGUCGAGGCCUUCAUCCAGGCCAACCGCGAUCUUAGCCAGCACGAGGAGGCAACCCGGACACUGCGGCAAAUGAGCCAAAUCGAGCAGCAGGGCGUUCUGCGCCGAGGCAGUAUGAAAGGCUGCCACAACGUGCUGGCCGUGCUGAAAACUCGUGCGAAGCAGGCUCGUCAGGAAGCUGCUGGCGUCAUCGAGGAGGCAAGGCCGAACAGGCACAGGUUCCAAGCGGAUGCGGCGCCGAAGAAGCGACGCGGCGCCGAGUCGCCAACCCAUUCUCGGGAGGCGGAGGACGUUUCCCUGCAUUUCCCGUCCAAGCCGAAGAGGCCCCCAAUGCAGC